AUAUAUAAAGAAAGAGAGAGAAAAUGAGGCAAAAGCGACGCCAGAGGAGACGAGCUUACCACCCUCUCAGAGCAAUACCAGUGUAGUGUUGGCCGUUUGACACUGCGGAGAAGACUAGAUAACAUUUAAUCCAAGGCCGGGUUGAGUUGGGCUCGUGUUUGCCGUAUCUACUUGCUACACUCGUAUGUGAGCUUUUUGUUUCGGUCGAUUGUAUUUUAAUUAUUCAAAUCCAAAGAAUGUACUGAAACAUGUGUAUAAGUGUAUAUGGAAUAUUUUACGUUCUAGUAAAGUUGUUAUAAAUUUCCAUCAUAUAUGUUGUAGAUUUUAAAUUUAGAUGAACAAAAUCGAUUGUUCUUUUAUUUAAAAAAAAUAAAAAUAAAAAUUUAAUAAAAAAAUUUUUACACGUGAUAUUUUAUACUUGUGUUUAAUGAAAUUGCAUGUACAAUUGUGUAUGUUUAUUUUAUUUUUUUAUUUAACGUGAGAAUUAAAGACAGCGCAGCAACACUUGUCAUUUAUUGUGCGCCGUCGCCCUCUCUUUAAGUGUUUUACAAAUGCAUGUACGUGAAAAGAAAUUCAUUCUGAAACAGAAAUAAAGAAAUAAAAAGGAAAAAUUAAUAAGUGUGUUAAAGUUGUAUGGAUAACGAUGUAAGGAAUGAAAAGAAUAGAGAAAAAAAAUAACUAUAUUUAUAACAAUAGAGGAUUACAAUUGUGCUACUGUAUAGAAAAAUUUUAUCAAUCUCGUUAUUUUUUAAAUUACUUUCCAUAUAUUUUUACUUAUAUUAUAUCUACAUCUAAUUAAAUUAAAAAACGAAGCAUCGAAAAACUAGAAAAAUCAUCAUAGAUUCUAGAAUGAUAGCUUGUUAUAAAAACAAUAUAAAUGUUGAAGUUGUGAACAGUUUUUUUUUCAAUUAUCAAUGACAUAAAAGAAGAGGAUAAUCGAAGUGUUAAAGAAUAAAAUAUAAAAAAAAAAGGAGUAGAAGAAUAAUCCUGGGUGAUGUCGUCCAACUUAAAAAAUCUUACACUUUUUAUCAACCUUUUUACUAAAAAUAUUUAAGGAUUUUGACAACAACGAUUAUCGUUAAACUGAUUAAUGUUUAGAAUAAUGUCCAGAAAGUCAAACAACCAUGACCUAAAUGAAGGACAUUUUUAAAUAGAUUUUUAUUUUUGAAAUAUUUAUAAAAUUUUUUUUUGUCACAUUUAUAAAAAUUAAAAAAAAAUUCAAGUCAAACAAUGGAAAUUUGCUACUCACAAACUUGAGUUAAUUAUUUUAUAUGAGACAUAUUUGAAAAAAAAAUUUAAAAAACUUUUUUUUUUAAUUAUUGCCUUCUUAAUUAUUACAAAAGAAUAAACAAGUAUUCUAUUAUUCUACAAAUAUCCAUGCAAUUAAAAUAAAAAAUAACAAAUAUUGAGGAUAAAUGACAUAAUUGACAUUAAUGAAAAUAAAAAGAACAAUCAUUGUUGAAAAUAUUUAAAUAUCAUUACAAUAAAUUUGUAAAUCUCCGUCCAGUAAUAAAAAACUGAAAAAAAAAAUUAAAAAGUAUUGUAAAAUAAUUUUUUAAUAACAAUAAAAACAAGCAAUCAGAUUUAUCUUGAUUUUAACACCAGAAUACUUGACAUAUAAAUGUAUAAAAAAUAAAGUAAAAACAAAAAGUCUGUCUUCCUUUAAUACUAUUAAUUGUGAAGAUUAAUUUAUCAGGGUGAUUAACGAAAUCCAGAACAUAAUAAAAUUUAAAAAAUAAAUAAUAAAAUUGCAAUAAAAACUAUUUCACUGUGAUAUGUUAAUAAUAUAGUGCUAUUUUCAAAACAUAUCGUGAGUCAGUGCUAUUAAUCUAUAAUUCAAGCUAAAAUCUAACUUAUGGCCAAUGAUCAAUUGACGGGGUAGUAAAAAUUCAUAAGAAAAAAAAAAAAAUAAGAAAAACGGAAAAGAAGAAGCUGUUAAUAGUGGCAACAAUUAUUUUAUAGUGGGAAAAUAUGAUUUUUCAAAUCUCUGUGAGCAUACGUAAAAUACAUUAAAAUUAAUUAUUUAAUUUAUAUAAUUUAUUGCUCUAUUAGAAAAUAUUUGUAAAACAUCAGAUAAUUCAUUAAAUUAAUUCUGCUUAUUCUUAAAGUAAGAAUUAUUUCCAUAUCAGUAAAUAGACCGCAAAAUACAUAGUUGUAAAUGACAGUUUAAAUCAUAAGAAACAAAAUAAUUGAGCGGUACAAGUUAUUAUUAUUAAACACGAGUUAUUGAUGAAUGGAAUUUGCAAACUAUUUUUUUUUUUUUUUUUUUGUAUGAGUAACAGACAAUAGAAUGAAAUCAAAUGAAAUGCUUCAAAAUAGUUGUAUGUAGAUAUUAGUGGCGCUAGAAAGAUAUCUAGUAGCGAUUGUAGAUUGAAUAGUAAAGGACUACGCGGGAGAGUGAGGAAAAGAUAACCCCGUUGACGUUAUAUAGACUACAAUUAAAACCAGGUUGUUUCCCUCGUGGUCUAGAUAGCUGGGUCGUAUUUUAUCGACUCACCAAGUAUCGAAGUGACUCUAGCGGACAGCGCAGGUCAUGGUUAGCGAAAUUUAUUUUUUGGCUUUAUAAUUAGAAGAUUAAUAUUUAUUUAUUAUUAGCAUUCACGACAAAAAAACUUAUCUGUUCUAAAGUAUUCUAAAGAAUUCAAAAUAUAAAUAAAAUUAUUCUUUAAUAAAUUGAAUUACGCUGUUUCAAUUCAAUUUUAUAUUCUCUAUUGUAUAUUAAUAUUAUUUUUUAAUAUAGUAUAUUCUAGUCAAAGAAAUAAACAACAAUAAAGUACCUACUAAUUUAUUUAAUUAAUGAAUAUGACUAAGCAAAUAUGCUAGAACAAAUGUGUUCAUUGGUCGUGAAAAGAUAAUAUUAAAUUAUGCCAUCGUCUAUUAUAUGUAGAAAAAGAAAAUUUUAUUGUAAUAUUAUACGUCAUAUUUUUAUUUCUUUGUAUGAAUUUUGAUUUAUUAUGAUAUUCAAUUAAGAAAUUCAUAAGUAGCAUUAUUGUAUAUUUUAGACUAAAAUUAUUUAGAAUUUAUAUCAUCAUAGAGAUGAGGAUUAUGCAUUUAUAGAAAAAUAUUAAAAUGCUACAUUUAAAUUCUUGACUUAAAAUUUCAAAAAGGAAUCUGUAAAAAAGAAAAAAAAACAUUUAAAGUAUGGCAACACCACCAGAUUCACCGGGCCCAGAGGAGGCUCUUUUUGAGUUUGAAAGUUCACGUGCUAGACAUCAAGCCUCUCGACCAGUGGCUAUCGAAGAGCUUCUCAGGCAAACAAAGUUUUCGAGGCAGGAGAUAUGUGUGAUGUAUCGUGGCUUCAAACAGGAAUGCCCUGAGGGCGUUGUUCAAGAAGAGUCAUUCAAAGACAUUUAUGCAAAGUUCUUUCCACACGGAAAUUCUGCCCUUUAUGCCCACUACGUGUUCAAAGCUUUCGACGUUAACUGUAACGGGGCCAUCAGCUUUAGGGACCUCCUUGUAACUCUUUCAACGCUACUACGAGGUAGCAUUUACGAAAAACUGAGGUGGACAUUUAAACUCUAUGAUAUAAACGGUGAUGGAUGUAUAACUAGAGGUGAACUGGGAGAAGUUGUAACGGCUGUGCAUGAACUUAUGGGACGAAAACAUCCUGCAGAAGAAGAACGAAAAGCAAAAGAACAAUUAGAUAGAGUAUUUGAAAAACUCGAUCUAAAUCAUGAUGGUGUAAUUACGAUAGAAGAGUUUAUCGAAAGCUGCCUUAGAGACGAAGUGAUCACACGGUCUCUUGCAAUGUUUGACUGUGAACUCUGAUCUCCGGCUAACUUAAAUCUUUUAAGAUCAACUGAUCAACAACCAUUAUCAUCGUUUUCAUUAUUAUCAUCAUCAUCGCCCGACGUGUUCACUUUUAAAUUUAAAAUUGGCACCAUUCCGUUACUCUCAUCUAAUAAAAACUGUUGCCGAUUCAAUUUAUGUUUAUUCAUGAUCACUGAAUACUACCAAGUUAUAUAUUUCUGUUUUGAAGAUCAAAAGUCUUAAUUGAUUAUAAUUGUCAAUUAUUAAUAACACCCUGCGUCGAAUAAAUAUUUUUUUUGUUGUUUUUUAGUUAAAAUAUAGUAAAUAUUUACUCUAAAGUACAUAGGAAAUUUAAAAAUCAAAUAAUAUAAAUAGAAUAAUUUAAAAAAUAUAAUUCAGGGAGAGCGGUGCAAGGUCACCCUCCAUACUAGGGCGAGACGGAAUUACCCGCCAUAAGUAAAAAAUUUAAUUUUUUUGUUACCGUUAAUUAUUAAUCGUUAUAAAAACGAUUUAAGAAAGAAUAAAAGUUUGUAUGAGAGUAAUAUGAAGUAAGUAUGUAAUAUUUACUGAAAAAAAAAAAUAUUUUAAAAUUAUUAUAAAUCAUGAUAAAUUCUUUGAUUUUUUUUUUACGAAAAAAAGAAUUUAUCGUGAAAAUUAUUGUAUAGUUAUGUAUGAACCACUCUGCUGUGACAAGUAUUGCCCGUGUAAAUAAAAUUAUUCAUAGUGAAUUUAUGAGACAUUCUGCAAAGUUGUAAGUGAACACGCGAUGUUUUAUUAAUAUAUGUGUGACAUACGAGCUACAAGUUACAUAACAAAUUUUACUUACAUUUUAUAUAAUUAGUUGAUAUAAACAUCCAAUGUCAUAUUUUACAUUUUAGUUAAAAUCUAAAAUUACUGUUACAAAUAAUAUUUCACGAUUAAAUAGCACUACUCGUCUAUUUGUAUAAUAUGUUUAUUUGAUUUACUUUAUAUAGAAAAAAAAAAUUAAUAUCAUUAUUUUAUUGUAAUUACUAAUGAGUCAAUUUUUAAAUUAAUAAAUCUUAAACACUGCCGAAGUAGUAAAUAAAAAAAAUAAAAAAUAUCGUCAGUAUUGAAAUUUAAGAUAAAAUAGUCGGAAAAAUUUACUUUUACUAAUGCAAAAAUACAGAAUUUGCGACGAAUAAACAUUUACAAUAUGAAACAACCCUCGAAUCGUUCUCUAUUAGAGGCAGUUAGAGGUUUCUAAUUUUUUAACUAAAUAAAUUAUUAAAAACUAAUCAAUACAAUAACGAUCUCUUUAAUUAAUAUAUUAUUAAAUAAAUAUCGAUUGAAAAUUGUAAGUAAUAUGUUAUGUGAUUUGGGAUUUAUAAUAAAAAAUAUGAUAAUAUUAUGGAACAGUUUGUAGGUAUUGUGUAUAUAACUGUUAUAAAAUGUAUUUGCUUUGCUAAUGUUCGUCUUAUGAAGAAAGAUUUCUAACUAAUAACAAAUGUUCAAUAAAUACUUAUGAAUAUAAAUGGAAUAAAUACGAAUGUCUUAACUUUUUAAAUAAUAUGAGAUAAUAUCGUUAUUUGUAUUAUAUAAAAAUUUAUAAAUUGUUCAUAAUGGCCCGUAAUUAUGUCAUAGGAUACAUACAUUUUGUAGCAUGUUUCAUAAAUUCAGUAUAGUUAUAUAAAUAUAUAUAUAUAUUUUUUUUUUAUUACACGGACACAUAUUAUAUAGAUAUAAUAUUUAGAAAAUUGUAAGUGAAUUCCAGUUGAAUAAUAAUAAAAAAAAUUUAAGUAAUUGAAUAUUGAUAUGUCAUAAAAAAUACUUUAUUUACACUACGGAAAUAUUU